AGCUACUUCCGCGAAAUGAAAACAGCAGCACGCAGCUGAGCCUCGCGCUCUACUUUCGGUAUCGUUUUCAGGGAAAUCGAGUUGUUUCGUCGUUUUAAUGGUUUUAAUAAUCAUGCCAGCUAGUUUUAACCAUUAGUUUUCUCGAUGGCCGUGGUGGUUCUGAACACGCAGGGCUGGGUUUUAGAUGCACGCUCACUCAUUGAUCAGGGGUAUUCGCGUUGCAUCCGAUUUAUAAAUAAUAAUCAAAAGUCACAUAUAAACUGCCUUUUCAAAAGGCAGUGUUUUCAGAAUGUAAAAAGCCAUUAUAGUGCCAGUGAUGCCGUGGAUGGAGGGAACACGGAUAUGUUGCAGAAAACAGACAAACCGUCAAAGAAAAGGAAACGAAAACACAGUGAACUCAACCACGGGGAAGUUGAUUCACAGGCCUUCCAUGAGAAGAUCAGGUCUGUGGUCCUGGAGGGAACCAAGUCCUUGGUGGACUCUGCCCAAUCCCUCGGAUAUCUAAACGGUGCAACAGACACAGUGAAAGAGCCUCUUCCCUCUCAGGAAUGCAGCCUCGCAGCUCUUUGUGAAAUGGCUAAAGAGCUUCCUCUAGUGGACGAUGAGGAGCACGAGGAGUGUGUUCAGAUACUUGUUGCUGAAGAUGGCUGUACGUCACAUGUCGACUUGUUCUCUUGGGUAACAGAGAACAGGGUGGACUGGGCUACAGUGGUCACACUGAUGGGAGAGGAAUAUGUAAUACCACCACACACAGCCUUCCUGCUUUCUGAUUUCACAAGAAUACAGCCCCUAGUCCACUAUGGAAGGAGGUUUGACUUAAUAGUUAUGGAUCCACCGUGGGAAAACAAGUCUGUGAAAAGGAGUCGCAGGUACAGUUCUUUGCCCUCAUCCCAGCUCAAACGGCUCCCUAUCCCUCUACUGGCCUCCGUGAACUGUUUAGUGGUCACCUGGGUCACAAAUCGGCCCAGCCACCUGCGUUUUGUCCGUGAUGAGCUGUAUCCACACUGGGGGGUAGAAGUUGUGGCCGAAUGGUUCUGGGUCAAGGUAACCACAUCUGGCCAGUUUGUGUUUCCACUGGAUUCACAUCAUAAGAAGCCUUAUGAGGUGCUGGUGCUGGGCCGAUAUCGUUCCGCUGCAGAUGACACCACAAGCUCUUCAGAGACAUCAGAGCUUCCUGUGGAGGAUCAGCGUUUGAUUGUCAGCGUCCCAUCAGCUCUCCACUCCCAGAAGCCGUCCCUCUCAGAGGUGUUGAAGCCCUACAUCAGAGCUGAAGCAAAGUGCUUGGAGCUGUUUGCCCGAAGUCUUCAACCUGGUUGGACCAGCUGGGGCAACGAAGUGCUAAAAUUUCAGCACACAAGCUAUUUCACUUUGACACCUACAGAUGAUGGAACGAACGUCCCAAAAGACGAGGCUGCAGAUGACUGCGCAGACAAACCCACACUCACACCAUUGUUAAGCUCACCUGGAGAAUCCUCUCGUCACAGUCGCUGUCCCACCACUGUGGACUAAUGACAGACCUUCAACAUGUGUCUCAUCAGUACUUCAGUGUGUAAUGAAUAAAGAUUCAACACCAGAAUACUUCU